AUUCUGAACUGCACAAGGCAGACAGUUAAAGAAGACAAGGCUCUGGUCUUUGAAGACUGGAAGGAAUGCAUAAAACCUGUUUUGGAGUUGGACUCUUUUGAGCUCAAGCCGGAAUCUUUCACCGUUGAUGAAUAUUUUGCUGCAAAGAGUCUAGUUGCUUCGAGGUCAUUUCAGGUCGAUGAGUAUCAUGGCUACGGCAUGGUCCCUUUGGCUGAUCUGUUUAAUCACAAAACAGCUGCUGAGGAUGUACAUAUUACAACUGAAUCUGAUAAUGACACCGGCAGUGAAAAGGAGGGUACUGACCACGAAAGUGAUGGAGAUGAUAGCACCUCCAGUGAAAAGGAGGGUAACGACCAUGAAAGUGAUGUAGAUGAUGAGCCGGUAACUCAUGAUUCUCAUUCGGAAGGAGGAGAUGGAAGUGGGAGUGACCUAGAACUUUCUUCGGGCUCAGGAAAUGAGUCUCCCUUCCUGGAAAUUAUCAUGAUCAAAGAUGUCAAAGCUGGAGCUGAGGUGUUCAAUACAUAUGGACAUUUAGGCAAUGCAGCCCUUCUGCAUAGAUAUGGAUUUACAGAAGCUGAUAAUCCCUUUGAUAUUCUGAACAUCGACUUGGAUAUUGUAGUCCAGUGGAGCUUAUCUCUGUUUUCAUGUCACCAAAGUAGAAGAAGGCUAUCAAUCUGGAGAAAGAUGGGGUACUCAGGAUGUGGCGAUCAAGAUUCCGAAUACUUUGAAAUCUCAUGUGACGGGGAGCCUCAAGACGAGCUGUUGGUAUUACUCUACAUAAUGCUGUUGCCCAAGGAUGAAUCCCGUGCACUUGAUCAAGCCGUGUCGGGUACAGGAGAAACAAACGCAGCAGCAAAGUUCCAGUUGUUAAAUAAGGAGAUCGUUCUGUCUGCCAAAGGCUCGGAUCCGAGCAAGAAACUGUUGCUGACGCCGGGCGUUGGGGUAGCUCUUUCUUCCCUUGCUGAUGCUAGAGAGAGUCUGUACGGGCCGAGUUCUCUGGAGGAAGACGUGAAAUCGCGAGACAGGUGCUGUCGUGCAACGGAGGGGAAGCUGUAUCAUUCGUUAAUGCUGCGUAUUAGUGAGAGGAGGAUACUUGAGAAACUCAGACGCUAUUCUGCAACUAUUGUAUCCGCUAAUGGAGGAAGAAAGAGGAAAGGAACAGAGACGCGACUGUGAUGGAACAGUGCAGUAAAACAGAUUCAUUGCUCCAGGUUUUAUUUAUGCCGGAAAAAAACUGGCCUUUUUUACAUUUUACGAGAAUAGGAGUUUCUUUCUCUUUAGAUUAUAACUUCUGGUUGACCUCAAUCUAUUCGAUUCAUACGAAUCAAAUCAUAAAUUAUCUACAA